AUGUCCGAGUCACAAGAGCAAAUUAAGAUCCGGUUCAUUACCAGAGACGAGGAUGAGACAAUCCAUGUUUCGGAAAAUCCAUUGUAUGUUCCCGUUUCCCUGAAAAGAUACGGUCUUUCCGAGAUUGUCAAUCAUCUUAUAGGACAUGAUUCCCCAAUUCCGUUUGAUUUCCUUAUCAAUGGAACAUUGCUAAAAACUUCCCUUGAAGAGUAUUUGAAAUCAAGAGAACUUUCUACGGAAGCAUUUCUGACUCUUGAGUACAGCCGUGCUGUACUUCCACCUGAUUUUUUAGCAUCUUUCAACAAUGAAGAUUGGAUUUCAAGCGUAGACACUUUGAGUUCCGAUCCAAAACUUGCCACACAGCCAAAAAUCUUAUCUGGUUCUUAUGAUGGUAUAGUCAGAAUCUGGGAUAUGUCCGGUAAUAACGAAGCACAGCUAGCUGGACAUGGUGGACCAAUCAAAGAUGUCAAAUUCAUUUCAUCUUCUAAGCUGAUGAGCGCUGGUAACGAUAGACAAAUUCGCCUGUGGGAUGCUACAAUCCCACAAGAGUUUCAAGAGAACGGUGAAGCCCAGCAAGAAUCUAUAUCAGCCACAACAAUAGCCAUUCUGGAAGGACAUAAGGCACCAGUGUUAUCUUUGGCAUUGGACAGCCCUACGAAUAGAAUUCUGUCAGGUAGUGCCGAUCAUAGUUUGGCCUUCUGGUCUACUAAUCCUGAUGAUAUGAAUGCUUCAGCACCACUAAUUAACGAGUUUGCCCAUGUUUCGUCCAGUGCUCGUAAGAGAGCCAAGUUGGCCAUCGAGGACAGCUCGAUCAAGAGACGAGCCCCCUUGUCAUUCUUGGAAGGCCAUUCAUCCCCAGUUGAGGGAGUUAUUUUUGACAAAAAAGACUCCACUGUUGGUUAUUCGGCAUCUCAGGAUCAUACAGUCAAAACUUGGGACUUAGUAACCGCCAGAUGUGUAGAUACCAGGGCUACAUCCUAUUCUCUUUUGUCAAUAACACAAUUGGAUAAAGUUGGGUUGAUCGCCUGUGGAUCUUCGGCAAGACAUAUUAAUUUGCACGAUCCGAGAGUGGAUAGCAACAAAUCCGUUGUGCAAUCACAGUUAAUAGGCCACACAAACUUUGUUGUCUCCCUAGCACCUUCACCUAACAACGAGUAUAUGUUUGUUUCCGGUUCCCACGACGGUACUAGUAAAGUGUGGGAUAUUAGAGCUAAUAAAUCCGUGUUCACAAUCACUAGAGAAUCUGAAGAGAAAAAGAAUAAUAAUAAGGUGUUUGGUGUAGCGUGGAACAGAGAGAUUGGGAUCGUGAGUGGGGGUGAUGACAAAAAGAUUCAAAUUAACAGGAGUGUAUAA